AUGAAAUGCUGGCGUCCUACUUGUGGGAAGAGAAAGCACAGCAGGAUGGAGCUCGGAUAUUGCUGCCGGGGAUGCAAGGCGGAUGGCUGCUGCACCCGGGAUUGUCAGAACCAGCCCUUCGUAGAGGCACCCAAGAGUCCGGGUUUAGCAGUAGUUCUCGAAGUGUCCAACGAGCCAUCAUCCCGUGAACAGCAGCCACCUGAAGAGCACAACAAUAUGGAAAGCAACAAUGUCAACAUCGAAAUGAAGGUGCUGGGGUUCAUGGACACCGCAUCACCCCUGGGCCCUACUUGGGAGAAGGCUUGCCAAGGUCGAGCACCUACUAUCGACGUUCCCACGGGCAUGCUCAUGGGGAAGUGGGCCGAGUGCUUGGCAUGGGCAGUCGCUUACGAGGCCCAGCAUCCGGAUUGGACUUCCGAUCGCAAGUUCCUCCUCCAAACUCCCGCAGGUCAAGUCAUUGAGGCCAUCGAGGCUGUCACCGUCGGUUCACGUCGUGGGCCGGUGGUCGAAGCAUCCCAGAAGUUCCUCAGGGCUUGUAGGCAAGCCGUCGAAGAUGGCAAGCCUCUGCCGUUGAUCGAUGUGCUGAACGACGGCUGGAUUAUGGACACGACGUGCUACGAGUGGAAGCACGUGCAGUUCAAAGCACAGUCGCAGGAGCUGAAGGGCUCUUAUUGGAAACGGAUGUGCGGGAAGAUCCUGGAGCACCCAUACGUCGCGGCACAGGCAGAGAUCCUGGCGGGGCCCCGGCGGAACUCCACCGGGGGCAGGAGACUCAGUGCCGUGGCCCAGACAGCCCGAUCGGCUGUCAGCGGCCUGAACUUCGAGACCCUUGCAGUUGCCGCCUCCAAGGCGUGA